AUGAAGGAGCAGGAUAGGCAAACAUUUUUCACUGAACUAGAUCAAAGUAAGGAUGCAAUAUGCCACCCAUAUGUUUUAAAAUACGUUGUUGUCACUCGAUUGCUAGUUGUUGGUAUCUACAAUGCUUUGCCGUUUUUCAGACAAUUAUCAAGAAAUGAUCAAAGUUUAUUACUAAAUCACCAUAUAAGAAUUGUUAAUUCUUAUAUCAGUUCUUUCAUUUCCGCAAAAAUGAAGUCAAACGUGUUAAUUGGUACAGAUGGUGUUAGUGCUUUAGAUAUUGUCGAGGCACAAACAAAAUAUCGAGAAAAUAAAAUGUAA